CUUUUUCUUUUGCCACCAUGCAACUUGCAGGCUCUAAACCUCGAGCCCAAAGUGGCCCAUGGACGUUCUUGAAGGCCUGAAACGUUUUGUUGAUCAGAAUGUCCAGAAUGCUGGCUCUCAUUCUCUUGAGGUUGUUGAAUCAAUAGCGUAAUGGUGAAGAAGAUGAAGGUGACUGAAGUUCAUGGGAGGGAAGACAUUUGGGGUGUGGGCACUCUUUGCUAUCUUUGUGCCUUUAACCUUGAUGACAGGCCUUUGUAUUUGGCAACCUUGUUGUCUUUUGUCUAUGCAUUUGGUCAUUUCUUUGCAGAAUUCCUAAUGGAGAUCAGAAAUCUAAUUACUGUUGCCAUCUUUGCAGCUGACUUUUCUCUAAAUCUCUCUGUAUAUUCAAUGCUGUAUCUAUUGCAUCAAGUCUUAAAUGGCUUCUGAUUCUUGCCAGCAAAACAGCUUUGCUCCCGUGAACCAGAA